AUGGAUACAGCCUCAUCGAACGGAUUCAUCGGGGCGGGAUCCGGUAACCUGAACCGCGGAACCGCCGCGGGUAUCGUGGCGGGAGACGACAACGACAUUACCGUAGCGGCGUCCAAUUCGUUUAUUGGUGCAGGCACGGGACACCGAAUCACGACAGCCACCGCCAACAAUGUGAUAGUUGGCGGUGAUUCCAACUUUGUCUCAGGCGGUACGUCGGGUGGCAUCGUGAGCGGAGUCGGUAACCGCAUCACCGGCGGUGACGAAGGCUUCAUUGGCGCGGGAGACCAGAACCUAGUUGCCGCCGACGACGGAUUCGUGGGUGCCGGGCAGAACAACACAGUCUCCGCCGCCCAGGGUGGUAUCGUCGCGGGGCUCAACAGCAUCAUUACCGCGGCGGGUGGGCAGAGCUUUAUUGGAGGCGGACAGCGCAACCUCGUAUGCGACCUGCGCGGCGUUGUGGGUGCAGGCCAAAACAACCAAAACGGCGCCACCAAUGGCGUCAUUGGCGGAGGGUUCGGCAACUCCAUCGGGGGAGGCUGCCCGGGCUUCCGGCGCGAUGUUGCCGGCGCUCAGAGCUCCGGCAUCUUCGUGGGCGAGAACAACACCAUAUCGACAACGGGAGGCGCGGCUGCGAUCCUCACCGGCACGGGCAACACCAUCUCGGGCGAUAGCCAGAAUGCAGCCAUCGGGGGAGGUACCACCAUCACCAUCAGCGCGACCGGGGACAAUGACUUUGUCGCGGGUGGGGAGCGCAAUAGUAUCGCGGGCGCGUCCACCAACUGCUUCAUCAUGGGCGGUCGCGUCAACAUGGUGACCGGCGCGUGUGAAGGCGGAGGCGUGGUGGGGGGCUUCAACAACACCAUCUCCGGAACCGCCGGCUCGGUUAUCCUGGGCGGUAACAACAUCACUGCGACGGCUGACAACACCGCUUACGCACAAGACAUGGAAGUGGUCGGCGAUCUUACACUAGGGGGCGGGAUUCUCUCUACAAGAUUCACGUUUAUCGACAACACCGGAGGCGCGACGUCGUACACUCCGACCAACGACGACCGCUGGAUCAUCACCGACUCUAGCGCCACGCCCACGGACAUCACCUUCACCCUCCCCGACGCCGGACUCGAUCAUGGUCGGCAAAUUUGCAUUAAGGACUUGUGCACUCUUGCCGGGGCUAGGGACUACAUUUUCAGCGUAGGAGCGGCGGGGUUCCCCAUGUUCGGAUCCAACGGCGGCUUUGGAGGAACCGCACCCGUCUUGCCACCGGGCUCGUUCCUGACAGGGGCAGGCGGCUUCCAAGUGUGCAUCACAUUCUACGAUGGAUCGGACGGCGGGACCGCGGGGUGGAUUCUGGGUCCAGGAGUUUGA